AUGCCGCGACGGAGACGGGAUCGAACGUUUACUUGCGAUGAGCAGCGGCCACAUUGUCGGGCUUGCCAGAGACUUGGCCAUCUAUGUGAUGGUUAUGGGGCUAAGCUAGUCUGGAUAGAAGAUAAGGAUCAGCCAUACAGGUCCGAUGGCCGUCGGUACAUUGACUGUGACGCUACAUGGGCAGAUCAUGCAAUCCUUGAUUCAGAACUAGUAGAUCAACUUAUAUAUGGUUGCGAUCCCGAGUGCGCCGAAGAAGUUUUCAACAGCAGUAGCACCCAGCCUACAUUCAACCCAUUUGGCUCCUUUCGCGCGUUGGUGAAUAAUGCUGAUCACCCACCUGGUUUGCUGUCGAAUGCAUAUAAACUGUUAACCAUUGAUCCCACGGACCCAUCCAGCUCGAGCAGCGAGGCCCGAUUUCUGUUCCAUCAUUAUACUAAUCAUGUAUCCACCAUGAUGAUUCCGCUUUUUCAUCCCCGUAAUCCCUGGUAUUCUUAUUAUCCAGCAGUGGCGCGUUGCUACGAAACAUCUGAACAAAGGGCACUUUACAAUGCCAUGUUAUCACAUGCAGCUUACAACUUGGCUGGACUAGCCAGCUUGCCAGACAAGAUGGUUUUGCUUGCAACUGAAUAUUACACAAAUGCAAUCGAACAGCUGAAAUCUAGCCUGCGAAGACAAAAUCCUGACUAUGGUGGAACAUUGGCGGCUGUAAUGACUCUGUGCAUGGCCGAGGUGUAUAGCGGGAGACCUGGAACUUGGAGACUACACCUCAGUGGUGCUUGGUCACUGCUUCGUGAAUAUAGCAAAAAAGAGCCCUGGACAGACUCGGAUUUUGCCUGCUGCUCGACACAGAGCCUAUGUAUCACUAAAAUAAUCGCCGAUACCGGGAAGGGCCAUAAAGGCACUGCUGGGAUUGACGACUCUUGGACGAGGAUACCUUUUUUAGAUUGGCAACCAUUCGGUAGCCUUGGAAACUCUAGCACAUCCAUCAUGGACGACGAUGAAGCCGAGCGUUCUCUGAUUUCCCGUGUCUCGUCUACGCCCGGAUUCGGAUUCACCAUUGGGUCCACAGACUCUCUGUUGGCGUGUAUUUCGGUCAUCACUAUCGCCGGUAAAAAGAUGAGAGCGAAAAGUUCGCACACUCAACAACAAGCCGAUUUCAUAGAUGAAAUACUCUCCAAGGUCUUUUCUUGUCUAGACAAAUGUAAAGAAGAGACCACAUAUAAUAUUCGUGACCCGUUUGAUGAACUUCAUGAUAUCAAAUCUCAGAUCCUCGCAAAUCACCAACGAGAGGCUUUUAUUUCUGCAACAUAUAUCUACCUUUACAGAGUUCUAUUCGACCUUCCGCCAUACAGUGUAAGGAAAUAUGUUUCUGAAGUUUUGUUACGAAUAUCGGCUUUUCAUUCAGAAAGCGACGGAAACCUCUCAAUCUGGCCUGCAUUCAUUGCUGCGGUUGAAGUCUACACACCGGAGGACAUUGCUCUCGCACGGAAUUGGCUGGAUCGCACCAUCAUGUUUGGGAUUGGCAGUCGAGUUUGUGUCCGUAGGCUUGUGGAAGAAAUCUGGAAGAGGCGAGAUGAAGCGGCUGAUGAGUUGGAAAUUGAUAAAGGCUUGAUAUCCAUUGACUGGCGAGCAGUCAUGGAAGAAUUGGGCAUGGACAUACUCCUCGUAUAA